UUCGACGCUUUUGGUUGCCUGGCAACGUUCAGCACCCUGGAUAGAAGAGGUCGGUGUGGCGUUCGGGCUGUCUGUGUGCGUCUGCGGGGUCUGAGAGAGGUAAAUCAUCACUGGGCAAGGAAUGGAUCAUUAUUUCAGUUCAAAGCCUUCCAGCACCUACAGUCAAGCUAGCAAUAUUUCAAGGGGUUACAAGGGUGGUUCCUACAAGCAAGAACCUUUUAUACUUACAGCGGUGGCAAUACAAGAUCACAUUUUACAGAACCUUCAGCUUCAGCAGCUUUCCUUGACUCCUCAGAUGAAAGGGCCGAAAAGAAUGAAGGAGACAGGUAGCAAAAGGACUGUGAGCAAAAAUCCUGGGAAGCCUGUGGUGGAUACUGGGAUUAGGAGAAAAGUUAUCAAAAACACAAAAAAGCCUGCUAUAGAGGAAGAGUAUGUUCUUGAUCCUGCUCCUCCACCAUUAACUCUAGCUCAGAAACUGGGCAUCGUUGGGGCCCCUGCUCUGCCCUUAACACAUGAAGAAUGGAUUAAAGUCAAACAGAGAUCAGUCGACCAAGGAGACUCCCUGCAGCCUUGUGUUAUAUGUAAGGAGGAGUUUGGUAUCCAUCCCCAGGUGCUCCUUAGCUGUUCUCAUGUGUUUCACAGGGCAUGUUUGGAAGCGUUUGAAAGGUUUACAGGUAGAAAGACAUGUCCAAUGUGUAGAAGGAACCAGUACCAGACCCGGGUCAUAUAUGAUGGAGCUCGUCUUUAUAAAGCUAAAUGUGCUACACGAAUUCAAGCUUGUUGGAGGGGAUACAUUGUAAGGAAGUGGUAUAAACAACUAAGACAAACGAUACCUCCCAAAAACCCGAAAUUAAGGAGAAAAUUCUUUGAAGAAAAGUUCACAGAAGUCACCGACAGGCUGCUGAGAUCAUUCAGCACCAACAUUGAGGUCUUUUUCAAUGAAAUCGACCAUUCGCUCGCGAACAGUCGGAAAGUUCUCCGGCAACUGGAAGGGAGCCGCGCUUCACAAAUCAGUGAAGAGGAAUGGGAAAGGAUCCAGAUGAAGGCUGCCCGACAAGAGAUAUCCGACUGCCCCAUAUGCAUCAUGCCCCUGUGCUACAGCAGCGAUACUCAGCGGAACGGCCAGCUACUCCGCCCAGUUGUCCUUCUGUCCUGCUCCCAUGUGUUCCACCAGGCUUGCCUCCAUGCAUUUGAGGAGUUCACAGUAGGAGAGCCCUAUAUCUGCCCUUUAUGCCGCUCCACCUACCAGAAGAAAUUGCUCCCAAUUUAGUUACAGGUUUUUCAACCAUUUGGCCUUUGGUGCAUGGGGCCGAGGUCGGAGAUUGGAGUUUCGAGGGACAGUUACACCUAAAAACCAGUAUUUGGAAAUCAGGUUUUUUCUACUGAUCAUCCUCUCCCCCUCCCAUUAUCAAAAGGUCAAUUUGUUUAAAGCUCCUUAUUUACCUUAACAAACAAACCCCUCCCCUAAACUACAGCCUUUGAGCAGCUCAUUACCAGAGGGCUUCUCGGUGCACUGGUAAUUAGUAUUAUCAGCUUCAGAACCAGCGUAAAUACCAGUAAGUGCCAAGGUAAAACUGCUUCUAUUUUCUACUAGUGCCAGAAAUAGCAAAACCAGUCAUUUCUUAUGCACAGACAAUAUAUAUAUAUGCUCAGCAAAUAGAAUAUUCCUUGAACUUGGGUUGAAUAGGGGCACAUCUUGUCCUUUUAAUAAUACUAAUUCAGGAUAAAUGCAUUUGAUUUCUGAUUUGCCAAUUGAUGUGAAAUUCCAGUUUAGUGAGUCUAUAAAGAAAACUAACAUUACAAGGCAUAGUGUAGGCAAUGCUGCUAGUGAUCCCUGGUAAAAGAUACAUUCUGCCCACUUACUCUUCUAAAGGCCAUUGAACCCCCAGUUCCCUGUAUUUGUCUGUUGUUCAGCUGCUCCUUUCUUGCUUUGCUCUCCCAGCGUAUUUGUGUUACUGAUUGUGCUUGCAGUUUCAGCCUUAAUUAAACCUCCAUUGUCAUUGGUUGCCCAACA